UACAACUUACAAGGGUAAUCCUUGCUUCGCCCCCUUUCUGUUGUAUGUUGUCUCUCUCCUCUCCUUUCCUCUCGUUACAAAACUCAAAAUAAUUUGUUCAUCCCUCUUUUUUUCCCCUCUUUCUCUCUCCUCCCCUGCAUCCAAUUUUACUGCACUUCAUUCAAUUCGCACUCCAAUUAAUUUUCAAUCAAACGUAACAAAAACCAUGAUUAUGCCUUUCAAUUUACGCAACUAUACCUAACUUCUUCUUCAUCCUCUUUUAAUUUUAGUUCAAUUUCUGGGUUUCUACUGUAUAUUAUCUGGUUUUCCCAUUUUAGGUCCACCAGGUACCAACCUGCCUUUUGUGUAGUCGUGGUGGACUUGCUCAAUUUAGAGACUGAGCCAGAAUGGGUAGCACAUUUAACCCUCAGAUUUUAGUUGAGAAAUUAACUAAGCUCAAUAAUUCUCAACAGAGCAUAGAGACUCUGUCACAUUGGUGUAUCUUUCACAUGAAUAAAGCAAAACUCGUGGUUGAAACUUGGGACCGGCAAUUUCAUAGCUCUCCGCGUGAGCAAAGGUUGGCUUUUCUGUAUCUUGCUAAUGAUAUUUUGCAAAAUAGUCGGAGGAAGGGUGCCGAAUUUGUGGGUGAAUUUUGGAGAGUCCUUCCUGAAGCGCUUCGUGAUGUUAUACGCAAUGGCGAUGAUUUCGGGAGAAGUGCUGCUCUUAGACUGAUAAGUAUAUGGGAUGAAAGGAAGGUUUUUGGCUCAAGGGGGCACACUCUGAAGGAGGAGUUUAUGGGCAGGCAACCCGAAAACAAUGUUAAUAAAACUGGGAAGCAACUCAGCCAGAAACUUAGACAAUCUAUUGGGAAUAUGUUAGAUAAGAUUGUUUCAGAUUAUGAAACAAUUUAUGGGGGUCAAUUGGACGAAGAUGCCUUACUGAGUAGAUGUACAAAUACCGUUAGCUGUUUGGAGAAACUAAUGAAGGAUAUUGGUGGUGGGAUCAAUUCAGGUAAUUUGAGCGGAUCUGGGUUUGCUGAGGAAUUGCAAGGACAGCAUGUUGCAUUGAAGGAGUGCAUUGAGCAGCUGACAACGCUUGAAACUUCAAGGGCAAGUCUUGUAUCGCAUCUGAGAGAUGCUCUUCAAGAGCAGGAAUUAAAGCUGGACCAAGUGCGUAGUCAACUCCAAGCUGCUCAAUUGAGAUCAGAUCAAGUUGCUAAUGUUUGUCGAAAGUUUGUUAGCUCUGACGGCAACAUGCUAGUAGAUGAGCAAGAUGUGAAAGAAGUUCAUACUUCCACAGCACCUCCGGGUUUUACAUCUGGGGGACAAGCAAACCCUGUUGUAUACACGAGACAAGUCCAUCAAUCUGAUAAGACUGCUUCCAUGGAGGAUGAUUCCCGAAAAUCUGCGGCUGCUGCUGUGGCAGCUAAGCUUACUGCUUCUACUGCUUCAGCAGAGAUGCUCAGCCACGUGCUCACCUCUUUAGUAUCAGGAGUUGGAUUUGGUAACAACACCAAAGAAUCCCCUAGUGAUCCCCACCAUUCUGAAAAGAGACCUAAACUUGAGAAUGAAGCAUCUUCCUAUACACCCCCUCCGCCACCACCACCACAGAAUCAGCAACCACCACCACCUUUGCCACCUUUCCCCCAUCCUGAAUCCCUUCAACAGAAUGCUAAUAAUAGUACCCCAAGCAACCAGCAGUCAACAGGUGGCGAGCAGCCUCCCCCGCCAUCUUCUUCCCCUCCACCUCUACCCCCAUUGCCACCCAUGCCGCUAUAUUCCAUGGCACCUCAGUUUAUCCAGACAGCUGGAUCAAUGUCUAACGUGGCUUACAGCUAUGGGGCUCCACCAACCGGUUUGUCUGGGUACAAUUCUGUCGGUGCUCCAGUCACGGGUAUCUCUCCUUAUGCAGCUCCUCCAGUUAUUCCAUAUCAACCUUUCCCGGGAUCUGAAGGUGGAUUCUAUAGUCCUUCGUCGUCUGUCCCUAUGCCUAUGGCCCCAAUAUCUCGUCAACAGACUUUGUAGUUAAUUUUUUUAAAAUUUGAGUUCGUUGGAUUUAGGGGUAAAGGAAGAUUUGAAUAGGUUUGUUCCUUUGUAGGAAAACCUUGUGUGCAAUCUGUAUCUUUGAGGUUAUACGAUGCACAGUUAGUAUUUGCACAUAGCAAUAACCCUAAACUGUUUGUAAUUUAUAGCUUUUGGCGACUCGAAUUAUAGAUUUAGAUAAUUUAAACAUGGUUGUUUGAUCGAUAAUUUAGAUUAUUUUAACAUGUUGCUUCGUUCGUUUA